AUGUCCGCGAGCAGCGGGUCACGUGGCAGCGUCGGCGCCCCACCCGUGUCGCCCGUCAGGACCUGGUUGGCGCUGCCGUGCUGCAACCGCAGCAGCUCCUGCCCAAUCUCAUGCACACGCGCCACCGCCUGCGCGUACGCCUCGCCGCUGCCGCCACUGUCGAUGAUGGCCUCCGCAGCAGCAACAGCGCCCCUGUGCUCCUCACGCAGCUGGUCGGCGCCGCCGCCACUACCCCGCGGGCCCACCUCCACCCUGCAGUAUCCUGCGCCCGUCUCGUUUGUCCCCUGCGGGCGUGAAGCGUGCACCCGCACUGCCGCUGCCGCCGCCUGCGACGCGUCAACGCUGCGUCGCAGAUCCUGCAGCAACUCCUCCUUCUCACCCAUCAGACAUUUCUCACGCGCGCGCGCCUUCGCCUCCACAAGGGCGACCUGCCUUAGCAUCUUCGUCUCCAUCUCCGUUUCGAAGCGCCUGAGCCGCGUUCGCAUCUCCAGCUGCUGCGACUCUCGCAUCGAACGCCCUUCCUCCUUGCUGCUGUGGCCAGCAGCAUCACUCAUACUGGACGGCGACUGCGGCGCGGUCCAGUCGUCCCGCACCGACAGAGUGCUGUUCUUCGACGAUGCCUGCUUCUUCUGUACGCUCUUAGCGUUGCUGCUAUUGAUGCUGCUCUCAGCCGCAGUGGUGACGGUGGUAUUGGCGCUGCCUGUUUUGUUGCUCCUUCCAUGGCUGCCGCCGGGUCUUCGCGCGGCCGCACGUUUCUUGCCGCUACCUGCGCUCAGCCGCUCCUCGAGCUGUGCGAUGCGCCCCUUCUGCAUCUCGAUGAGUUUUGCCGCGUCGCUGAGUCGCUCCUCCACACGCGCCGCCCGCAUCACCAUCCACUCAUGCUCCGUUGCGUGGUCGCUCGACGCCGCAUCACCUACCGGCUCCUUCUCCUGCUGCUGGAGCAAGUUCAUCUCGUCCUGCAGCGCAGUGAUCAUGUUGUCAGCGGCGCGUGAGCUUUGGAGGAGCCUCCUGCCACCGCGCAGAACGAUUGGUGACGCCGUGUCGUGCUGCUGCAUCAGCUGGGCCUCGAGCGCCUCAGCGUAG